UGUUCCCUUCUCUUGUGGCAGUAGCAAGCAGAAGCCAAUGGAGACCAACACAGUCAGACUCCCAAAACCCAAAAGGCAAGUCUUCGUCCUCUCAGGCCAAAGCAACAUGUCCGGUCGCGGCGGAAUCGUCAGGGGCGCCAAUGGCAAAUACUGGGACGGCGUCGUCCCGCCGGAGUGCGGCCCCCACCCUUCCAUCCUCCGCCUCGCUGCCAACCUCAAAUGGGAACCGGCAAACGAGCCCCUCCACGUCGACAUUGACACAGCCAAAGCCUGCGGCGUGGGCCCCGGCAUGGCGUUCGCCAAUGCGCUGCGGCCGCGCGUGGAUGAGGAGGUGGGACUGGUCCCCUGCGCCGUGGGCGGCACCGCCUUAAAGGAGUGGGCGCGUGGGGAGGAACUGUACGAGAAUAUGGUGAAGAGAGCAAAGGAAAGCGUGAAAGGGCACGAGAAUUUCGAGAUGAAAGCGUUGUUGUGGUUCCAAGGAGAAAGCGACACGGAGAACGAGGAAGACGAUGCAGUUUACAAGGUUAACAUGGAGACCUUCAUCCACAAUGUUCGACAAGAUCUCAAUUUACCAUCUCUUCCCAUAAUCCAGGUUGCGUUGGCAUCGGGAUUUAAGUAUAUAGAGAAAGUGAGAGAAGCACAAAAAGAAAUUGAUCUUCCUAAUGUGAUUUGCGUGGACGCAAAAGGACUGCAAUUGAACGACGAUAAUAUUCACUUAUCCACCGAGUCUCAAGUUCAGUUGGGUCGCAUGCUGGCUGAGGCUUAUCUUGCACAUUUUCAUGUCUCACCUGUUCAAAAUCAACUUCAACUUUAACCCCUUUUCUACCUUAAGUAAUCAAUUAUGGCUUUUUAUCUAUUGUAUCGGAUUGUAUCUCUCUAUGGGUAAUGAUUGAGUGUGUUUGGUUGUGUAUCUAUUGCAUCCGAUUAUAUCUCUCUGAGUAAUGAUUGAGUGUGCUUGGUUUUUGUAUCUAUUGUAUCCGAUUGUAUCUCUCUAUGAGUAAUGAUUGAGUGUGCUUGUAUUUCCAAAUAUAUAUAAUAUUAUUGUGAAGAUUUUAGUUAUU